CCAACGACUUCCAGGCUCAAGCUCCGCGGGGGAGCAGACCGUCCCCGACCUGGGCGCGAUCCCGCGCGCCGAUGAUGGCCAGCUCGGGAUCGCCCGCUCCCUGGCGGUGCCUCGGCGCGUCCCGGGCUCCCUUCGUGUGGCUGGGGCCAGCGCUGCUGCUGCUGACCGACCUGCUGCUGCUCCGGCCCGCCUUGCCCAGGGUGUUCUCCCUGCUGGUGCCCACUGCGGUGCCGCUGUUGCGCGUCUGCCUGGUGGGCCUGAGCCGCUGGGCAGUGCUGCGCCUGGGGGCCCGAGGCGUCCUUGGGGCAACGCCUGGCUCCGUGAGCGAAAGCGCAGGGGUGCAAGGAUGGAUGACUGCUUUGAAGCCACUGGCGGCGGCGCUGGGAUUGGCCCUGCCAGGACUUGCCGUGUUCCGAGAGCUGAAGUCCUGGGGGGUCGCUAGGGACUCUGACAGCACCAAGCUACUGCAUUGGGGAAGUCGCCUCGACGCCUUCGCCCUCAGCUACGCGGCUGCACUGCCCGCAGUUGCCCUGUGGCAUAAGCUCAGGAGCCUUUGGAAGCCAGGGGAUCUCGGGGGUUCCGGAGACAAGGUUCAUCGACUUCUGGGCUGUCUGGGCUCCGAGAUCCGCCGCUUCCCACUCGUUUUGGUUCUGUUGGUCCUCUCCUGUGUGGGGGAGAUGGCCAUCCCCUUCUUCACCGGCAGACUCACUGACUGGAUUCUACAAGACGGAGCAGCGGCCUUCAACCGAAACAUUGCUCUCAUGUCCAUUCUCACCAUAGCCAGUGCAGUGCUGGAAUUCAUGGGGGACGGGAUCUACAACAGCGCCAUGGGCCAUGUGCAGAGCCAGCUGCAGGGAGAGGUGUUCCAAGCUGUCCUGCGCCAGGAAACAGAGUUCUUCCAACAGAACCAAACAGGUGCUAUCACAUCUCGGGUCACAGAGGACACGUCCACCUUGAGUGAAUCUCUGAGCGAGAGGCUGAGCCUGCUGCUGUGGUACCUGGUGCGGGGGCUGUGUCUCCUGGUGCUCAUGCUCUGGGGGUCACUGUCCCUCACCAUGGUCACCCUGCUUUCCCUGCCUCUGCUUUUCGUUCUGCCUAAGAAGCUGGGAAAAUGGCACCAGUUGCUGGCAGCACAGUUACAGGAAUCUCUGGCACAGGCCAGCCAGGUAGCCAUCGAGGCUCUGUCUGCUAUGCCUACAGUCCGGAGUUUUGCCAACGAGGAAGGAGAGGCCCAGAAGUUUAGACAAAGACUGCAAGAAAUGAAGACACUCAACCAGAAGCAGGCCCUGGCCUAUUCAGUCAACAGCUGGACCACCAGUAUCUCAGGGAUGCUGCUGAAGGUGGGAAUCCUAUACAUUGGUGGGAAGCUGGUGACCAGUGGGGCUGUAAGCAGUGGAGACCUUGUCACUUUUGUUCUCUACCAGAUGCAGUUCACCACAGCUGUUGAGGUUCUGCUCUACACUUACCCUAGUGUACAAAAGGCUGUGGGUUCCUCAGAGAAAAUAUUUGAAUAUCUGGACCGGACCCCUCGCUGCCCACCCAGUGGUGUGUUGACUUCCUCGAGCUUGAAGGGCCUUGUCCAAUUCCAGGAUGUCUCCUUUACGUACCCAAAUCAUCCAGAUGACCCAGUGCUGCAGGGGCUGACGUUCACCCUUCGUCCUGGUGAGGUGACGGCGCUGGUGGGGCCCAAUGGAUCUGGGAAAAGCACAGUGGCUGCCCUGCUGCAGAAUCUGUACCAGCCCACUGGAGGGAAGUUGCUGCUGGAUGGGGAGCCCCUUCCCCUAUAUGACCACCACUAUCUGCACACACAGGUGGCUGCAGUGGGACAAGAGCCUCAACUUUUUGGAAGAAGUGUUCAAGAAAAUAUUGCUUAUGGCCUAACCCAGAAGCCAACCAUGGAGGAAAUCACAGCUGCCGCGAUAGAGUCAGGGGCCCACAGUUUCAUCUCUAAACUCCCUGAGGGCUACAAUGCAGAAGUGGGCGAGGCUGGGAGUCAGCUCUCAGGGGGCCAGCGACAGGCAGUGGCCUUGGCUCGAGCGUUGAUCCGGAAGCCACGUGUGCUCAUCUUGGAUGAUGCUACCAGUGCCCUGGAUGCAGACAGCCAGUCACGAGUGGAGCAUCUCCUGUAUGAAAGCCCUGAGCGGCACUCCCGAUCGGUGCUUCUCAUCACCCAGCGUCUCAGCUCCGUGGAGAAGGCUGACCACAUACUCUUUCUGAAAGAAGGCACCAUUCGGGAGGCCGGAACCCACCAGCAGCUCAUGGAGAAUCAGGGCCCCUACUGGGCCAUGGUGCAGGCUCCUGGGGCUUCAGGUGCCCUGGAAUGAAAGCCUUGUCAGACCCUCUCAAACGUGGAGAGUUUGGGAAUAGAAAUCGUAGCUGCCUGGCAGAGUAGGCAGCUGCUUCUUGGGAGUUACUUCCUGAAGUGUGCGGCCUGCCUGCCUUAGGCCUGAAAUUCUGCCUGGAAUGCCCCACCUACAAGCUUGUCCUCAUAAUGCAGGUUUCUUGGAAGAAAAAGGGGACUUAGAUGACUUACUGUAACUUGGUGUAGAGCCACUGCUGGUGUGGCUAACACGCCUGAGGUGAGAAAUCUUCAGACCACUAAAUACUUAAACAUUUAAAUAUUUGGAAAGUAGUAGGAUCACUACUUUCCUAUAGGACCAAGGAAGAUGCUGGUCCAUAGAUACACCGUGGGCUCUUGGUAUUUAUAAUA